GGGGCUCCGGUGUCCCGGUCUGGAGGAGUGUUUGGAGGGGGGAGCGCGAGCGAGCGCAGCCUGGACUCGGACACGCGCGGCCAUAUUCGGCUUUAGACUCAGCCACACCGGCUAGCACUGGGGCUAACAGCGGAGAGCCGCCGACCGGAGGAGGACCGCCGCCCCCUGAGUCCGCGCACACCCGCACUUGCGUAUAGCGCGGGCGGAGGGAGCCGCCGGCGGUGGAGGUGCUUGCGGUCAGGGAGAGGGAGGACACGGCUGGCUGUUCGGGAUAUAUAAUAGCUGUGUUUCGGGCCGAGUCUGAGGGAAUGGGCGUCCGGUCAACGUGAGACUCGACGGGAUUAAAAAACUGGCUUCUGACCGCCGAAAGUGCGGGUUUCCCGUCAGGAACCUCGUCAGUGUGAGCUGGAGCAGAUGGGAGCCCCGGGGCCUCGAGUGUGAGACGGGGGUUUUGCGAGGCGGCCGAUUAGCUGGAAGCUUCGUUUAGCAACGCUGAGCCCGAUGUUGGGCUUGUUUUGCUAGCUGGCUAGCUGAGCAGCUAGCUAGCAAGUUGGAGUCUGGCACUCCAGAGCUCCAGUAAAAGGCCGAACAGACACUCGGGAAACUAGUGGUUUCGCUGCGCCCGGCGGUGCGGGGUGGUCUCUGCCCCCUGUUCCUGUUCACUCCGGCUCGGGGUUGUUUUUUCCAGGCUAGAGGGAGGGAGUGGUGCUGAUAGAAAAUGUCUGCGAAGGUUCGCCUGAAGAAGUUGGAGCAGUUGCUCCUGGAUGGUCACCAGAAGAACGCCAGCUCGCUGAGCGUCGAAACCCUGCUGGAUAUUCUCAUCUGUUUGUACAACGAAUGCAGCAGUUCGCCCCUGAAACGGGAGAAACAUGUGACGGAGUUUCUGGAAUGGGUUAAGCCGUUCACCACCACAGUAAAGGAGAUGCGGCUCCACAGGGACGACUUCGAAAUGCUCAAAGUGAUAGGCAGGGGAGCCUUCGGAGAGGUUGCAGUGGUGAAGAUGAAGAACACAGAGAGAGUUUAUGCCAUGAAAAUUCUAAACAAGUGGGAGAUGCUGAAGAGGGCUGAGACGGCCUGCUUUAGAGAAGAGAGAGACGUGUUGGUGAAUGGAGACUGCCAGUGGAUCACCACCCUGCAUUAUGCUUUCCAGGAUGAUAACUACCUGUACCUGGUGAUGGACUACUAUGUGGGCGGGGAUCUGCUAACACUACUCAGCAAAUUUGAGGACCGGCUGCCUGAGGACAUGUCUAAGUUCUAUGUGGCAGAGAUGGUCCUUGCCAUUCACUCAAUCCACCAGCAGCACUACGUGCACAGGGACAUAAAGCCUGAUAACGUGCUGCUCGACAUGAACGGCCAUAUCCGCCUGGCUGACUUUGGGUCUUGCCUGAGGAUGAUGCAGGACGGCACGGUCCAGUCAUCAGUAGCAGUAGGAACUCCAGACUACAUCUCCCCAGAAAUCCUGCAAGCCAUGGAGGAUGGUAUGGGGAAGUAUGGGCCAGAGUGUGAUUGGUGGUCUCUCGGCGUCUGCAUGUACGAGAUGCUGUAUGGGGAGACACCCUUCUAUGCAGAGUCUCUGGUCGAGACCUACGGCAAGAUCAUGAACCAUGAGGAGCGCUUCCAGUUUCCGUCUCACAUCACAGACGUAUCAGAGGAUGCCAAAGACCUGAUCCAAAGGCUGAUCUGCAGCAGAGAGCGCAGACUUGGCCAGAACGGCAUUCAGGAGUUUAAAAAGCACGCCUUCUUUACCGGCAUUGACUGGGAGAACAUUCGCAGCACCGAAGCUCCUUACAUUCCUGAUGUUAGCUCUCCAUCCGACACCUCAAACUUUGAUGUAGAUGACGAUGUUCUGAAAAAUCCAGACAUCGCUCCUCCUAUGUCGCACACUGGCUUCACCGGCCAGCAUCUGCCCUUUGUUGGUUUCACCUACACCACAGAAAGCUGUUUCUCAGACCGAGGUCGUCUGAGGCUGGCAGCGCUUGCAGACGGUGGCUCAGGAGAGGGGCUACGGAGCAGUGAGGAUGGAGGCCUGCAGCUGGAGGCUUUUGAAAGGAGGAUCCGCUCUUUAGAGCAAGAAAAACAGGAGCUUAACCGCAAGCUGCAAGAAUCCACCCAGGCUGCGCAGUCCCUCUAUGGCUCAGGCCGUGGGACAGGCACACUGGGCCGUGAUAAGGAGAUUAAAAAGCUUAAUGAGGAAAUUGAUCGCCUCAAGAAGAAACUAGCAGACUCUGAUAGGCUGGAGCACCAGCUGGAAGAAGUGGUGACCCUGCGGCAAGACUAUGAGAGCUCCUCCACCAAGCUGAAGGCUCUGGAUAAACAGGUCAAAGCUCUGCGUCAGGAGAAGGAGGACAUCCACAAGCAACUGGUGGAGUCUCUGGAGCGUCUGAAGUCUCAGACCAAGGAGCUGAAGGACGCUCACCAGCAGAGGAAGCUGGCCAUGCAGGAGUUCUCAGAGCUGAACGAGCGAAUGGCAGAGCUGCGUUCACAGAAGCAGCGUCUGUCGCGCCAGCUUCGCGACAAGGAGGAGGAGAUGGACGUGGUCAUGCAGAAGAUUGAUGCCAUGCGCCAGGACUUUCGCAAGACCGAGAAGGCCCGCAAAGAGCUUGAAUCUCAGCUGGAAGAUGCUCGGGCGGAGGCUUCAAAAGAGCGGAAGCUGCGAGAACAUAGUGAAGUUUACUCAAAGCAACUGGAGGGUGAACUGGAGACACUAAAGGGCAGUGGGCGAGCUUCAGGUGCGAGUGCUGAGACCCAACAAGAGCUGACAAAGGUGAAGUCCGAGCUGGAUAAGAAAGUGUUGUUCUAUGAGGAGGAGCUGGUGAGGCGUGAGGCCUGCCACAGCACCGAGCUGAAAAACCUGCGCAAAGAAUUGCACGAUUCUGAGAGUCAGCAGCUGUCUCUGCACAAGGAGCUGCUUGUGCUCAAGGACAAGCUGGAGAAGGCCAAGAGGGAAAGGCAAACGGAGAUGGAUGAGGCAGUGGGUACUUUGAAGGAUAAAUAUGAGCGUGAGCGUAACCUGCUGACCGAGGAGAACCGCAAACUAACCUCCGAAACUGACAGGCUUUGCACAUUUGUGGACAAACUAACAGCCCAGAACAGACAGCUGGAGGAUGAGCUACAGGACCUGGCGUCUAAGAAAGAGAGCGUUGCACACUGGGAGGCACAGAUUGCUGAGAUUAUUCAGUGGGUGAGUGAUGAGAAGGAUGCCCGUGGCUACCUGCAGGCUUUGGCCUCUAAGAUGACUGAGGAGUUGGAGUCACUGCGCAGUUCCAGCCUUGGAUCCAGACACCUGCAAGGGUCUGGAAUGAGCACCCCCACCCAGAAGUCUUUGGUGGCUUUUAGGAGCACAAAGCGGGAUCCCUUGUGGAAGGUGCGUCGCAGUCAGAAGUUGGACAUGUCUGCUCGUUUGGAGUUGCAGUCAGCUUUGGAUGCUGAGAUCAGAGCCAAACAGCUGGUCCAGGAGGAGCUGCGCAAGGUCAAGGCUGCCAACAUCUCCUUUGAGAGCAAACUGAAAGAUGCAGAUUCGAGGAACAGGGACCUGGAGGAACAGUUAGAAGGAAUGAAGAAAGAUCUGGAAGAGAGUCGCUCACGCACUGACAGAGGUCUGAAACUUCCAGACUUUCAGGACUCCAUCUUUGAGUACUUCAACACCUCUCCCUUGGCUCAUGACCUGACAUUCAGAACUAGCUCAGUCAGUGAGGUGGAUGCCACGCCUCAGAAAUCCGACGUUCCCUCUUCCUCCCCUUCAGUGGCCUCAGAGCAGGAUGAACCAGCGAAGCCACCAGCAACCACUCCAGUUGCCCCCUCUCCAGUCUACCAGUCUUCUCUGCUCACAGAGCCAAAGCCUAAAGCUCACCAGUUGAGCAUUAAGACAUUCUCCAGUCCAACUCAGUGCACACACUGCACUUCUCUGAUGGUGGGCUUGAUCAGACAGGGCUACGCCUGCGAGGUGUGUUCCUUCAUCUGCCACGUGUCCUGUAAGGACAACGCUCCUCAAGUAUGCCCUAUUCCACCAGAGCAGGCCAAGAGGCCUCUUGGUAUUGAUGUACAGAGGGGUAUUGGCACAGCCUAUAAAGGCUUUGUUAGGAUUCCAAAGCCUACUGGGGUGAAGAAAGGCUGGCAAAGAGCAUAUGCUGUGGUUUGCGAUUGCAAGCUCUUCCUGUACGAGGUUCCUGAAGGGAAGUCCACUCAGCCGGUCGUGGUGGCCAGCCAAGUCCUCGACCUCAGAGAUGAGGAGUUCUCUGUAAGCUCUGUGUUGGCAUCUGACGUCAUUCAUGCGACACGCAAAGAUGUUCCCUGCAUAUUCCGGGUAACGUCGUCCACACUGAGCUCCCCAGUUCGAGCAGUGUCUCUGCUAGUUCUGGCCGAGAGUGAGGCUGAGAAGAGGAAGUGGGUGGGCAUCCUGGAGGGCCUGCAGAGCAUCCUGGCCAAGAACCGCCUGAAGAACCGAGUCGUGCACGUCCUACACGAAGCUUACGACAACAGCCUGCCUGCCAUCAAAACCACACUGUCUGCAGCCAUUGUUGAUCGAGAGCGAAUUGCAUUGGGCACAGAAGAGGGCCUGUUUGUGGUUGAGAUCACCAGAGAUAUAAUUGUCCGUGCCGCUGACUGCAAGAAAGUUCACCAAAUUGAUCUGAUCCCCAAAGAGAAGAUGGUGGUUCUCCUGUGUGGUCGUAACCGCCAUGUGCACCUCCACCCCUGGGGGGCGCUGGAGGGAGCUGAAGCUGCUUUUGAUGUGAAACUGACCGAGACUAAAGGCUGCCAGGCUCUCACUACAGGCGUGCUGCGACCCGGGGGACCUGCCUGUUUGCUCGCAGCCAUCAAGCGGCAAGUGCUGUGCUACGAGAUCACUCGGGCUAAGCCACACCACCGCAAAAUGUGGGAGGUUCAGGCCCCAGGUGUGGUUCAGUGGCUGGGGAUGGUGCGUGAGCGCUUGUGUGUGGGUUACCCGUCAGGUUUUGCCCUGCUUGCCCUGCAGGGUGAGUCUUCACCCGUGAGCCUGGUGAGUCCUGGGGACCCGUCGCUGGCCUUCCUCGCACAGCAGCCCCUGGAUGCACUGCACGCCAUGGAAGUUGGAGCUAACGAGCUGCUCCUGUGCUUCAGUCAGCUGGGCAUCUAUGUAGAUGCGCAGGGACGACGCUCCCGCACACAGGAGCUUAUGUGGCCUGCUACUCCACUCGCCUGCAGCUCAAACUCCACUUACCUUACUGUGUACAGUGACUAUGGAGUUGAUGUCUUUGAUGUCCAUACCACAGAAUGGGUCCAAACCAUUUCAUUAAGAAAGAUCAGACCUUUGAAUGUGGAGGGCAGUCUGAACCUACUGGGCACAGAGCAGCCCCGCCUCAUCUACUUCAGCAACAACUCUGCAGAAGGUUAUGAUCUGGCCAUCCCUGAGACAUCAGACAAUAGUAAGAAACUCAUGGUGAGAACACGCAGCAAAAGGAAAUUCCUCUUCAAGGUGCCUGAGGAGGAGCGAAUACAGCAGAGGCGGGAGAUGCUGAGGGACCCAGAAAUGAGGUCGAAGCUGAUCUCUAAUCCCACUAACUUCAACCACGUGGCCCACAUGGGUCCAGGAGAUGGGAUGCAAGUCCUCAUGGACCUGCCACUGCAGCCGAGCGAGACUCCUUCCCCCUCAUCCUCUCGCCACCACGCCCUGAUCUCUCCUCCAACCAACUUUGAGCACGUCUAUCACAUGAGUUCCGUCUCUGCCGGGCUUUAUCUGCAGAAAGAGCCCUCCUCGCAGCAGAGCCUUCCACAGCUCUCCUCCUCUUCCUCCUCACCUUCCACCUCCUCCCUCGGAAGGAGUGUGAUGCCCUCUUCUCAGGAUGACUCAAUUAAAGACAAGCCACGUCCCCUAUCUAGUAUUUCACGACAACAAUGGAGUAAGACCCACAUCACACGCACUGCCUCCGGGGGUGGUGACUUUAUUGGAGCUGGGUCAUCUCGCAACAUCUCAGAUCCAGAUCAGGACUUCGAGAGAGAGCCUGACUCAGACUCCACCAAACACUCCACCCCUUCCAACAGCUCUAACCCCAGCAGUCCCCCCAGCCCCAACUCUCCGCAUCGCAGCCAGCUCACCCUGGAUGGUCUGGAGCAUACUCUGGAUGGCUGAGAACGAACAUCACCCUGCUUCGGCGCACACCUUCACUUUUAAUACACAUUGCCCCCGCCCCCAGCUCUCCGCUCCGCUAGAAUUUGCUACAAAGUGCCAACAUUCGAACUCUCAUCUCACAGUUCGUAUCUCCACACACCUGCGCCACCUUUGCAGCCAAAACUCUCUGCUCUCCAGGCUGCUUGCCAAGAGAAUUAUAAAACAUACCCUGGAUGGAACUGGGAUACUGAACCGCUGUCGGAAAAACUUCUGUGAUGUGUUCCUAGUGGAGUGUGAUGUCUGGCUCAUGCCGGCCAGUAUGAGAAUCAAAGCUCCAGCCAAGUAUGGCCUCUGGAUGCAUAUAAUGACUGCCCCCUGCUGGAGCCUAGGUGGUAGUGUAGCUAACAGGGUCUAAUAAUCAUCAGUAUGUUUUUUCUUUUUCUUUUUUAAUCUCAAUGCCAUACUCUUGUGAGGGUUGUUUUUUUUAACUCAUUAGAAAUCAUGCAAAUAAAAAUGCCAGAAAAUGCUGUUAAAAUGACAAGUGAGGGGAAAACUGGCUUUCCUCUUUUAAGUGUGUAAUAAUUUGGUGGUUGUGUUCAUCACUCAUCAUGUGGGAUAGGAGGACCUGGAGACACCCUUCCCUCAGAUAAUACAGCUGGACCAGUAAUGAAAACCCGUUUUGCUAUUCUGUAUUAGCGACACUUCUCUACGUAGUUGUGUCAGAGCAGUCACAAAGAGGCAUUGACACUUAUCCGACUGGGGAUUUUAAGCCAAACCGGUGGGCACUUUUAUUGUAAUGUAAAUCUUUUUGUUUUGUUUGUUUUUUUCCUUCCCCAGUCUGCAUUUUUUUCAGGCAUCCUUUGUAAUAUUCAUGUUUUAACUUAGACGUUUGAGACAAACAAAUACUUAGCUGAUGGAACACUGCUCAUUUCCAUAAAGAAGUAAAGAAACUGAAGUAAAGAGAAAUAAGACUUUACGUAUAGUAAGUGUUUUAACAAGAGUAAUGGCACACUGCUAAAGGACCACACUAUUCAUAGGAUUUCAAUAGUUCUUCUGAAACUGCUGCUGCUUUUGUGUGCUAAUGUAAAGAAAUAAAUAUGUGAUUUAAGAUUCUCACCAUAGCCGUGUUCGAUCCCUAGGUUUUACAUUGUUGCAUUAAAGGAGCAACUACAGGUUAUCCUUCAUGAGUUUCUGGAACGUAGACAGUAUCAUUUAAUGUGGCGCUCUCACGUAUGUGGUGGAAUCAAAGCACCACACCACCACAACGAGAGCUGCGGGCAUGACCGUCAUAUCCAUUCUCUCACUAGCGUGCCUUCAGUGCCAUUCUGUGUUACAGCAACACAUUGUCCGCUAAAGCAUUUCAGUUGUUUUUAACAAGACAGGCUAAUGGUGAUGUUUUAUUUUGUGUUCCCCUCCCCUCACCCUGAAACACUGUAUGAAACUUGCACAUGAACAUGUUUUAGUCCGAGGAAAUUUCUUUUGAUUUUGUCGAUGGUAUUCCUGUCUUUUCCCUGUGCCCCUCCUCCCUCCCUCUCUCCCCUCCACUUGACUUUUCAGCUUCUUAAAAAUGGGACUUUAUUCUCAGAACACUACUGCUUUUACUUCACAAGAAAACAAAUCACAUGUUGAAAUCUUUGUAAUUAUUGAAUUGUUAGCCUCAUAAAUUUGAACAAACAAUAAAAAGAGUAUCUGUUGUGCUUUU